AACUAUAAUGGAAUAUCCUGUAAUGGAGGCUGUAAGUGCAGGGCAGUCGUUACCUUGGUAUUGAUGUAAGAUGUCACGUUGACAAUGGAAAGAAAUAUUUGGUGGAUCGGUGGCUUAACUGCUGCUGUUGUUGGCGGGGCUUAUGUCCUAUGGACAUCAUCUCCAGGCAAGAGAAACAAGAAAAAAGAUCGCUGCCCAGGACUGGUGAAUCUUGGCAAUACCUGCUUUUUAAACACCAUUUUACAAGGCCUGGCCUCUUGUUCUCAUGUAAGGAACUGGCUUUCUGAUUUUGUGAGCUCUGGACAUGAGAAGACUGCAUUGAUGGCCAGUACACUGAACGAUACAGUCAAAGUGCUGAAUAAUGAGACACAGAUUGAUGAUAACUGCUACAGUCCAGUGGAGGUGAUCAGAGCUUUAGUAGCCAACAAGUGGGUCAUUACAUCUGAGCAACAGGAUGCUCAUGAAAUGUUUCAUGUGUUGACCCAGACGAUUGAUGAGGAGACAACCAAGUUCCCAGAAAUUAUCUCCCUCUUUGAGAAUCCUGAGACUGAGUUCCUGAAGAAUGAGCAUGCUAUAAACAGAAUCCAGUGCCCCCUGCCUUUAAUUCCACAUCGUGAGAUGGAGCACCCAUUUCGUGGCCUGCUGGCCAGUCAGUUGGAGUGUGUGGAGUGUGGCUACAGGAACCCGGUCAGAUACGAUCACUUUGACAGCCUGUCACUGUCCAUUCCACAGAGUAUCUGGGUGGAUCGCUCCUUGGAAACCCUCCUGUAUCACUACAUCAGUGCUGAUACUGUAAACAAUGUGGAGUGUAUAGGGUGCAGCAAAAUAAAACACAGACCUCCAGGCUGUAAGGCACCACUGAAGAAAACUACAUUUAAGAAAAAACUCACUAUUGGAAAGCUCCCCCAGUGUCUGGCAAUCCACAUCCAGAGAUGCCAGUGGAUGGACAAUGGGAUGCCCAUAAAGAGACGGGAAUUUGUCUCCUACCCAGACAUUCUGGACAUGAGUGAGUUUGUCUACCAUAAGACAGCAGCCAAGGAGUCCAGGAAAAAGGGGGGACUCAGUGGGGGAGGAGAGCUAUUCCAUUUUGGGAUAAAAUAUGAAGAGAACACUUUUAACCUAGGAACAGCACCCCCUGUAAACCUCUUGAGGACCCUGAAUUAUGACAAUCGCACCAAUCAGAAUGGACUGUUCCUGCAGCCCCAGACUGACACACAGAACAGCCAUUCCGAUGUCAACCACAACGGACCCACAGAUCUCAGCAAAUCUACAAAGUCCUCUCUCACGUACAGACUGAGCGCUGUUAUCGUACACCUGGGCAAUGUCAAUUCAGGACAUUUCGUUACCUAUCGCCGCAGUCCUAACACGGUGAAGGGAACAUACAGGAAAGAAAGGUGGCUAUGUUGUUCUGAUAACAGUGUGAUACCUGUCAAUAUUGCGGAUGUUUUCUCAACAGAGGCCUAUAUGUUAAUGUAUGAGAGGAUAGGAGAUCAGUAACCGAAAUACCUUUUUUUUUGCGGAUGUGGUUAUUCCGUUUUUUUUCCUAACACUGCCUAACUUGUUUAAAUUAUGCUGCAUUUUGUAGCUGUGCUGCAUAUUUUUGUAUCAUUUUACCUGCUUUUACACACAUACAAAGCUGAUUGUGAUAAAAAGGCAGGAUGUCAUUGAAUGGCAAGUUAGUAAUUUUGUGUGUAUGAUAGGAAAUAUUGUGUGGUGCUCUCGUCUUUAAUAUUUAUCUAAGAUGUUCUUAUAUGUGUCUCAGUGCUUCAUGAUGUGCCAGAGAUGAUAUUGAUGUUGAUAUGUGAGCGAUGUCUAUACAACUGAGUGUGAUGGCAGUACAAGCCAAGAUUGCCUGGUUAUACAAAUUGUGUGGUUGGGAUUCACUUAUACACUAGUGAAGAAGAUAUUUGACUCAAGUUGAGUGAAUAUUUAAGAGAGAAAAGAUUGAGUGUGAAAUCUACUUUUAAGAUCAGAUGAGGUACAGUGUAGAUGGUACUACAGUGCAGGAGUGCCUAGUUACACACUUGGUUUGAUUUAACUUGGAGGUAUUAGACUAAGUGAAGUGAAUGUUAAGGAAAGAAGAUUGAGUGUGGAAUCUUCUUUUGAGAUUAAUGGAGGUAGCUGGCAGUGUUGUGUAAGAGCCUUCAUUAUACACAUUGUAAGUUGGGCUAUCACAUAUGAUAAUGAAGUACAUGUGGUAUUUGACUUGCAUUAAAAUACUGUGAGAAGAGUGAAUAUUUAGGGAAAAGCAAGCAGUUGGAAUCUUCUUUAGAGAUAAAUGGAGGUGUCAGUACAACACAAGAGUCCUGGUUAUACAUAUGAUUGUAAAGUUAAAAUGCACUAGGAAGCAGUUUACUUUAAGUAGAGGAUUGUUGAAGAAAAAAAAAACAUUCAGUGUGGAAUCAAUGGAGGAAGCUGCAAAUUCUGACAAGUAAUUUGUCACCUCUCCACGAUUUUCAACAAUUCAGAUGGAGAUUAGACCAGAAAUUUCAGUUGAUGAACAGAAUAGAGUAAAGCUUAUAUUAAUGAGAGAGUAGAAAAGAGGAAAAAUGAUGUUUAUGAGAAAGUAGAAGAGUAAACUGAUGUUGAGAGAGUAGAGAAAAGUAAAGCUGAUGUUGAGAGAGUAGAGAAAAGUAAAGCUGAUGUUGAUGAGAGAGUAGAGAAAAUUAGUAAAGCUGAUGUUGAGAGAGUAGAGAAAGUAAAGCUGAUGUUGAUGAGAGAGUAGAGAAAAGUAAAGCUGAUGUUGAUGAGAGAGUAGAGAAUCAGCUUUUGAGGUUUUUACAUGAAUAUGUUGACCACUUAGUCCUUACUUUGCAAAUUUUUGUAAGGCUGCAUUUAGAUUAUUUUGAAAAGUUCAGGGAGAUGUAACCAAAAAAAAAACAUAUUUUAACAUAGAAGUUAUCUAAGGCAAUUAUUAUAUAGUGUCUUAUUUUUUUAAAUAAAAGUACGUGUAUAUAUACAGAAUUAUGAUCAGUAAUAAAUACAAAACUUUGCCCGGAACUGUACCUGCCAAAAGCUUUAUUAUGUCUAUAGAUACUCUUCAUGAGGUUACAGAACUUACUAAUUGUAAUAAAUAUGAGAUUGAAGCAUUUAUUUCUAUUGUACUUUUAAUGAGGUCUUACACAUGACAAGUAUUUGUUAUUUAUUCUUCCUUUUUGAUCAUGUGUGACUCUUUUUUUACUGUAAAUGUGAAUUGUUCUUAUUUGCAUCUUGUUAUGAUUAUUAUUGAAGGUCAACAGUUAUAUGCUAUGUAAAGAAUAAAAAUUGUGCAAAUUAUAAUUUUCAAGUUGUCAU